AUGAUGAAAGAUUUCGAUCAAGUAUCAAGAUCAACGAGGUAUCGAAUAUUAAAGAAAUGUCAAGAGGCGACAAGUUCGAGUGAUGAAAGUUCAUUUACAGAUAAUGAUGACGAAGGUAGCAGUGAUUCUGUAAUGUCUGAAAACCGGAAUUCUAUUGUUUCUGAGGUUCAAUCUUUUACUUGCUCCGAGAAUGAAUACUCACCUGAUUCAGAGUGUGAUUUUGCUGUUAGUGCAGAGGACAAUCAGAGUCUUACGGACGAUAAUGAUAACGAAGAUUCUUGUGAUAGUGAAGAUCAUUUUUUUAAUUGUCAAAACAAUUGUGAUACUGAAGGUAGUAGUUCUGAUUCUUCAUGUAGCCAAAAUAAUUAUGACGGUUGGUCCGAAAAUGACGUUAGUGAAUGGAAUGACAGCUCUGAGGACUCAGUUGACGAAGAAAGUGAAAGUAGUGACAAUUCAUCGGAUGAUGACGAGCCAGGACCUUUUUUGGAUAAUGAUCAUCUAAAUGACCCUCUCUAUGAAAAUGCUCCGCUUACUUUGGGUGAAACAACUAUAACCUAA